AAGACGGUAAGAAGACGGCUUAUAUUCUUAAUGUUAAACAGCCUGUAACUCGGUCGUCCAAAAUCGCAGACGCGUGCCCAGUAUCUCAUUUUGUGGAGAAUUUCCAAAAUAUAGACGAUUCUUAUACGAUAUUAACAAAUAUCACACCGCCAAGAGAAUCGAUCAAACUGAAAUUUUUCAAACUUAUACCUGAAUUAAUAACGAUUCGAAAAUGUGAACAAUCGAUUAUUAAACGUCUUGAACAAGAUCCAUUGCAGUCAGCUUUCUCUUAUAUUGAUUUAUGUAUGGGUGUUGAUCAUCCAAUAUUAAUUAUAACAAAUUUAAUCAUAGCUUGUCUUUAUUUGUAUAAAGCUAUGAAGCAACAUGUAACUAAUGCCGGUAUGUAUGCAUAUCGAUCUACUAUUUUCGAUUUGUCCUACGAAAUUUUUUCUUUGAUUCAACGUCAUAUACCGUUACAGAUAAAAUUCUAUGUAUCUAAACUGUUAUUUACGGUGAUCAUAUGCUCAAAUCAAUUAUUCAAAUCAUCCAUAUUGUUAGAAUCGUCUUCAAUACGAAGAACAGAACAUACUGGACUAAUUAUUUCUAAACAAGAAUCGAGAAUAAUUGAAGGAUUUUUAACAAAUGUAAUUCAAUUAUCUCAAAUAGUACCGUUCAUUCAAAUGCCAACAACAUUAUCCAGUGAUAUUUUCUAUUUAACAAUAUCCGGUCAAAAUUUUCUUGUCGAAUAUUUAAAAUCGAAAUCGAUCAUAUGCGAUAAUUAUCUCUAUCAAUAUUAUCUAUUUGAAGUUCACGGAAUGACAAUUAAUAUCGAUAGUGGAGACAUCGAAUUUCUAUUCGAGAGAGCAACUACACCUUAUUCGAAUCUUUUCGAUUUAAGUGAUGUUGAUGAAGUAUUUUCUCAUAAUUUAACAUACGCUGCAUUUUCAUUAGAACAUCCGACAAUCGAUUUACUCCAACAUCCGUUCCAUGAAAUGAAGUUUUUACCAACUACAGAACUUUCAGAAACAAACUAUCUGAUGACUUUAUUACAUACGGAUUAUCUAUUGAAAAUGAUGUCAAGCGGUAUUGAAAUUUCUACGAAACAAUCAUUUUUAAUAUCGAACGAAGCCAAUUUUAUGAAACGUCUCCCACAAGACUUACAAUAUGCAUUGAAACGUAUUCUUCAACAACAACUGGAAUCUAUUGGUGAUAAAUGUACUUGA